AACUCUACUCUCUCUCUCUCUCUCUCUCUCUCUCUCCCUCUCCAAGAAGAGGUCAUGAAAUCGAACGCAGAGAUGUCAGAGAAUCGAUUUUUGGGAAGCAUCUCAGCCUCGUCCAUUCGAAACCUCCUUCACAGAUCAGUCUCCACCAAGCACAAGACGAACUCAACUCGCUCCAAAUCGGGGCCCGACGGUGAAAACAAUCCCCCGAUCGAUCCGAACAUUCUGCUUGAUAAAGACCCAAUCCCUAAACAAUCACUGUCAAAACAUGAAAUUUCGCAGAGAGAAAUCACCAAAUCAGACUCUCAGAAGGAAGUACUUUCUCCUCCAGCAGAUCCACCAGUCAAGGUUGUAGUGAGGAUUAGACCAGCUAAUGGUCAUGAAAGAGAAGGAGAUCAAUUGGUGAGGAAGCUCUCUGAUGAUUCAGUAGCUGCUGAGGAUAAAAAGUUUACCUUUGAUUCAGUUCUUGACUCAAAAUCAAACCAGGAAUAUGUAUUUCAGUUAGUUGGUGUUCCUUUAGUUAAAAAUGCAUUAGCUGGUUACAACACAACAAUCUUGGCAUAUGGACAGGCUGGAAGUGGUAAGUCUUAUACGAUGUGGGGUCCGCCAAGUGCGAUGGUUGAGAAUCAGGCAUCCAAUAGUCAUCAGGGCAUUGUUCCACGCAUCUUCCAGAUGCUAUUCUCUGAGAUUCAGCGAGAAAAAGAGAACUCAGAAGGUAAACAAAUAAAUUUUCAGUGCCGCUGUUCGUUCCUUGAGAUAUACAAUGAACAAAUAGGAGAUUUACUUGAUCCAACCCAACGAAACCUAGAGAUAAGGGAUGAUACCAAACAUGGAUUUUGUGUUGAGAAUUUGACCGAGGAAUAUGUGACCAGUUAUGAGGACAUAACCCAAAUAUUAAUUAAGGGGCUUUCAAGUAGGAAGGUCGUAGCAACAAGCAUACAUUCAGAAAGUUCACAAUCCCAUAUUGUGUUUACAUGCGUCAUCGAGUCCUGGUGCAAGGGAACAUCAUCAAAAUGUUUUGGUAGUUCAAAGACAAGCAGAAUCAGCCUUGUUGAUCUUGCAGGACUGGAGCGAAGUAAACUUGAUGAUGAUGGUAGGCAGUGUGUAAAGGAGGAAAAAAAUGUGAAGAAGUCUCUAUCACAGUUGGGGCACUUGGUGAAUAUCCUUGCUGAAGGAGGUCAGUCAGGAAAAACACAAGAUAUUGCUUACAGAAGCUCCAGUUUGACAAAUUUGUUGAAAGAAUCACUUGGUGGAAAUGUCAAGUUUGCAGUUAUUUGUGCCAUCUCUCCUGAUAGCAACAGUAGCUGUGAAACAUUAAGCACACUCAGAUUUGGACAGCGAGUAAAAUCCAUACACAAUGAGCCAGUAAUAAAUGAAAUUUCAGAGGAUGAUGUUGACCUUAGUGACCAGAUUCGUCAAUUGAAGGAAGAACUCAUAAGAGCAAAGUCAUGUAACUCAGUUGGAAGAAGUGUACUUGAGAGCUUGAAUCAUUUGAGAUUGAGCCUUAAUCGCUCCUUGAUCCUACCCCGCAUAGAUAAUGAUGCCAAGGAUGAAGCAUAUGCUAAUAAUGAUGAUGUACGAGAACUACGUCUUCAGUUAGACAAAGUGCACAGUUCUGGUGAAGAGAAAAUAGAAGACACCUAUGAAAGCAGUAGCUGCAUUCAGUUUUCUUCUGUAGAAGGAGGUGGUUCUGACACAGAAUUGACAAGUGACCAUUAUGGAAGCUCUCUAGAAGAAAGUGAAGCUGACGAAUUUAGUCUGGACAAAUCUCACACAGAACUUCGACAGGAGGAGAGCUUUGCUUCUGUGGAUGACAUUGCAGGUGGGCCCCACACUUCAAAGACCAUAGAUACUGCAUUCAGGAGUAGUAUUUCAAUCAGUUCGUUGCAUCAGUCUUCAGUGUUCCAAGAUCCGACGUUGUCUGAAUCUCCAAAAUUUCAAAACAACCAUAGGAAAAGCAUAACCUUUGCAUCAUCAACUCAUCUGGCAAGUCAGAAUAUUGUGUCAGAGAGUUCCAAGUUUGGUUCAGAUGUAUCACGACAGUCACACAGACAAAGUGAUAUUCGAUCCUCUUUGCGGUCAAGCAAGAUAUUUCCAGGCCCCACAGAGUCCCUGGCUGCUAGCCUUCAGAGGGGCUUACAGAUUAUUGACUCUCACCAGCAGAAUUCAGCAUCAGAUGCACCUUCAGUUGCAUUCUCUUUUGAGCAUUUGGCAUUGAAGCCAUGUCCAACAGGUGACAGAGCCAAAUCUUCACUUCAAACAUUAUCAGAAGAGAGACCAUCAACAUAUGGAUCUUUUACUUCUUUUCUGUGUGCAUCAUGCCGGAGAACAGGAGGAUUGACUGGCUCCACCAAAGUCCAGGAUAGCUUGAAGGCAUUGACUUCAGUGGAUAGUGCAGAGAAUUCAAAUGGAUUGAUUGCUUAUGUGCCUAAAGAUGCUGGGAAAGGUUUGGCAGAAGCCAGCAAGAGAGAGAAGGAGCUGGAAAGCAUUUGCAUGAAACAAGCAGCCAAAAUUGAGCAGCUAAAUCUUCUGGUGGAGCAAUACAAACAUGACAGAAAACAGAAUUCUAUCCUCGAGCAUAGUUAUACUCUUCAUCCUGAGGACUUGAAUAGUGAAAUAAUACAAAUUGAUGAGCUCGAAAAUCAAAAGUUUCAUGCACCCAAGGAUGAAAGAAAGCCUUUGAGAUGGGAUGAUGGUGAGAACCGUGAGAUUAUUAACGAAAAAUAUGAAAUAAAAGAAAUCAUGGAAGAGAUGGGCAGCGAGUACAGGAAAACAUCCUUUGAUAUUAAUGAGAAGGAAGUACUUCUCAAUGAAAUUCAAAGCUUAAGGAGCAAGUUGCCGUCAUUUACUGAAGGAACUCCUACAAAGUCUUUUGAGAGAGUGAGAUCCUCUUUGUUGUUACAAUCAAUCCAAUUGAGAAAAAGUGGUGCAUUCUCUCAAGGCAACAAUGAGGAAGAACUUGAGAAAGAAAGACAGAGAUGGAUGGAAAUGGAAAGUGAAUGGAUUUCUUUGACUGAUGAGUUGAGAAUCGAACUUGAGUCCAGCCGCCGGCGUGCAGAAAAGGUGGAGAUGGAGCUGAUAUUAGAGAAGAAGUGCACAGAGGAGUUGGAUGAAGUACUUCAAAGAUCUGUCAUUGGGCAUGCUAGAAUGGUCGAACACUACUCCGAACUACAAGAAAAGUACAACGAUUUAGUUGGAAAGUACCAGCUGACUAUGGAAGGGAUAGCAGAGCUGAAAAAGGCUGCUGCGAAAGCAGGAGCUAAGGGUCGUGGCUCUCGUUUUGCAAAAUCCUUGGAAGCAGAACUUUCAGCCCUUAGAGUUGAGAGGGCAAGGGAGAUGGAAUUAUUGAAAAAGGAGAACAGAAACCUCAAAAUUCAACUUAGGGAUACUGCAGAAGCUGUUCAAGCUGCCGGAGAACUCCUUGUUAGGCUGAAAGAAGCUGAGGAAGUAGCUUCAGUGGCAGAGGAGAAUGUUGCAAAUGUUCAGGAAGAGAAUGAUAAGCUAAAAGAUCAAGUGGAGAAACUCAAAAGAAAGCACAAGAUGGAGAUGAUCACCAUGAAGCAAUACCUUGCCGAGAGCCGAUUGCCAGAAUCUGCAUUGCGACCUCUAUACAGGGAGGAUUAUGAUGUAGCACACAACACUAGCCCACCACUGCAGGACGAUGACCAGGCAUGGAGAGCAGAAUUCGGAGCCAUAUAUCAAGAUCAUUACUGAGUUGAACAUCACAGCUUGCAUCAGACCCUACUUGGGUCCAAGCAUAAUAACUUUGUAUUUUUUAUUUUAUUUGUGGUGUUUUUAUGAGAUUGAAAGUUAUUUUUUUGUUUUUGUUUUUGUGUGUGUGUGUGUGUGUUGUUUCUUUCAUCCAUUUCUUGUUGAUAAUAAAGAUACAUUUGGAGUGAUUGUGUGCACAUUCCGAAAGCUUA